AUGGCCGACGCCGUCAUUAGUGCCACUAUUCAGGUUGCCUUGGAGACGGCAGCAUCUCUUGCCACUGACAGGAUUGGUAUGUUGUGUGGCUUCAAGAAGGAUGUGGCCAGCAUGACUCGAACUCUUAGCUUUAUCAAUGCUCUCUUGGCUGAUGCUGAGGAAAGGCAACAAAACCAGGACCGGGGAGUCCAAGAAUGGUUGAAGAGUCUGGAGGAAGUUGCUUAUGAUGCUGGCAAUGUGUUGGAUGAGCUCAACUACGAAUCUCUUCGUUGCAAGGUGGAGUCCCGGAACCAACUCAAGAGCAAGGUAUGUUGCUUCUUCUCCUGCUCUAACUCCGUUGGUUUCCGUUGGAGAAUGGCUUCUAAGGUCAGGGACAUCAAGCUUAAGCUGAAUGAGAUCAAUCAAGAAGCCGAUGGAUUGGGACUGAUCGGCAGGGCAGUCAUGACAGCUGCCCUCCCUGCUGCUGCUGAUGCUGGAGACAGAAGAAAUCGGCAGACCGACUCGGUUGCUGUUCCAAUGACUGGAAGAGCCGAUGAUGAAUCAAAGAUAGUGAAGAUGCUGUUGAGCCCAUCUGAGAAGGUUGUCUCUUGUCUUCCCAUAACUGGUAUGGGAGGUCUAGGCAAAACAACUUUGGCUAAAUCGAUAUACAACAAUCACCAAAUUGAUGGGCACUUUCAGAAAAAGUUGUGGGUUUGCGUAUCAAAAAAAGUUCCAGUAGUGGAACUUUUCAAACUCAUACUGGUGCAAUUGACGGGAGAAAAGGUUGAAGUGGAUGAUAGGAAUGUCAUCGUUGGAAAAAUUCAGAAUCAACUAGAGGGAAAAAGAUAUUUCCUUGUCCUUGAUGAUGUGUGGGAUGAUAAUCAGGCAUUGUGGGAUGACUUUUUCACCACCUUGAAGGGGCUCAAUCCAACUGAUGGAAGCUGGUGUCUUGUCACUACUCGUAUUGGUCAACUGGCAGAUAUUGUGUUGAAAGUUCUGAGGAUGGAUGAUGAAGCCUAUGCCUUAGGAAGGCUACCUGAUGAUCUUUGCUGGUCUAUCCUAAAAGAAAAAGUAGUUGGAGGCGGAGAAGUACCUGAUGAACUAAAAGCAAUUAAAGAGAGAGUAAUCAAAAGAUGUGAUGGUCUACCAUUGGCAGCAAGUGUAAUUGGAGGUCUGUUAUCUUUAAAGAGAAAAGAGGAGUGGCGAUCAAUUUUGGAGAAUAGGCUUUCAAGUUUGAGUGGAGAUGAAGAUCGUGUCAUGCAAAUACUUAAGUUGAGUUUCGAUAAUUUGCCAUCUCCAAACAUUAAGAAAUGUUUUGCAUAUUGUUCUAUAUUUCCUAAGGAUACUGAGAUGGAAGGAGAUAUGCUAAUCGAGCUUUGGAUGGCAGAAGGUUUCCUCCAAGCAGACGUCAACAGCCAAAUGAUGAUGGAGGAAAAUGGAAUUAAUUAUCUGAGAAUUUUAUUGCAGAGUUCAUUGUUUGAAGAAAUAAUUGAUGAGUCAGAAACAUCAACAUCUUAUAAGAUGCAUGAUCUGGUGCACGACCUUGCCGAGUUAAUGUCAAAGUCUACCAAAGUCAUUAUUGAUAGGGAUACGAGUAUAGUAGACAAUGGUAAUCAGAUUCGUUACCUUGCAACAGACUUAUUUGGUGGUGGAGAAGACAGAGAAAAACUUUUGGAGAGUCUAUCAACUUCGCUUCAUACAUUGUUUGUAAAAGGUUACUUAUCUGGUGAUAUGUUAAUGAAGUUGAAGAACUUGUAUGUUUUGAAUUUGUCUCAUACAAGAACUCGAGAGCUACCAGUCUCAAUUGGCAAACUGAUACAUUUGUGGUACGUUAACCUUAAGUGGUCUGCAAUCAGUAUUUUGCCAGACUCCCUUUGCAAGCUUUAUAAUCUGCAGAUAUUGACGCUAAGUCACUCAAAUGUUGACCGUCUUCCGGAGAGGAUGUGCAAUUUGAUUAGUUUGAGACAUCUCCACUAUUACGCCUUUGAUGAAGCAUUUCAAAUGCCGCUAGAGAUGGGACGGCUGACUUGCCUUGGGACGCUAGAGUUCUUUAACGUGGGUCGAGAGAAGGGUCGGCGAAUUGGAGAGCUUGGAAGCUUGAAGAACCUCAAAGGCAAAUUGGAGAUACGCAAUCUGGAACUAGUAAAGGAUAAGAAAGGAGCUGAGGAAGCAAAACUAUCUGAAAAGGCAAAUCUAUUUAGGCUGGAACUUGAGUGGGCAGAUGAUCGAGAAGGCGACAAUUACAACGACAAAAAUGUGUUAGACAGCCUUCGACCCCACCCAAAUUUGGAGGAGUUGGUAAUUUGGAAUUUUAUGGGUGAUCAAUUUCCUCGAUGGUUAAUGGAUUUGCCAACAACAACAACAAUCCCCAAGUUAGCAACAACACUCCCCAAGUUAGCGCGUUUGGAAUUUAAUUGCUGCAACAGAUGCAGAGAACUCCAUCCCCUACAAAACUUUACGUCUCUUAAAGAGCUGGAGAUUUAUAAGUGA